AAGGAUCGUUGCUUGAAGCUUGAAGAAUCAAGAAGCUUGUAUGAGCAAGAGCUGAAGAGCAGUAAGAGUAGCUUUUUGUUGGAGCAAGCCAUUGACUACACUGUGCAUGAAGGCAGACUAUACCACUCCUGUUGAUUCUGUCACUGCUACAGAGCAAGCAGGUGUUGAACUUGAAGAGCCAGCCAUUGUGGCACCUGCCAAUGAAGAGAUAAAUACAGCGCAGGAGGUUGCUCCUCAACAAAAGUGUGCAAAAAUACAUGACUUUUGCCUAGGGAUUCCUUUUGGUGGAUUUCUGUUUUCUAUGGGCCUUAUUGGAUUUCUAUUUUGGAGGACUCCUGUGAGUCUUACUUUCGGUGUCGCACCUGGCCUUGCUAUAUUAGCCCUUGGCGUGCUUAGCCUUAAGGUUUGGAGAAGUGGAAAAUCCAGCUUGCCAUUCAUACUGGCACAAGCGGGUGUUGCUGCUGCGGUCGCUUGGAAACACUGUCAGGCAUACACUAUAGUAAAUCAAACUACGAAGAAGCUACUUCCCUGGGGCUUCUAUGCUGCACUCAGUGUUGCAAUGAUCUGCUUCUACUCCUACGUUCUCCUUGCUGGAGGGAAUCCGCCUCCAAAGAAGGCAAAAGCUGCUGCUUGAUUGUCUUGAAGACCUUUCACUCAAGCUUCUCAUAAUUGUACUAAUGUUGAUGAUAGGGUUACGGUUUUCUUUAUGUUGGUGAAUACUGAACACAAAAUUGCGUUGUAGCAUCUGUACUAAGUGAAAGACCGAGUAUAGAUAAAAUUUUCCCUUAUUUUA